AUGUUAGCAUGCUGUGCCGAUGCGCAAGAAUAUCGAUCGUUGGAUGGAACAGGAAAUAAUAAGAAUAACCCUUCAGCGGGAUCGAAUUCACAACCUUACAAACGGCUGAAAUCCGUAAAUACAUUUUACAGUGAUGCCAAUCAAACAAUGUUACAGACUCCAGCUACCCCAGUGAAUUGUUCUUCCGCAUUGGCAACAAAUGUUUACCCUUUACCUCGAUGCGUUUCAAAUCUUAUUUCAAGAUAUGGUAUAGCAUCGUACGACCCAGCUAUAGCGUCGUUCAGUUCAAAAAGGCAAAUUAGCCAUAUGGUAACAUUUUUCGGCCAAUUCAUAAUCUUUGAUCUAGUCAGAACGCAAAGGAUAUUCAAUGGAGACAAGGUAUAUAUACCAACGGAUGAUGCCACCUACCAAAUACCCAACUCUGCCGCAGCCAAACUAUCUUCUUUCACUUCCUUGCCUUUCAAUCGGUCGGCCAACAAUCCACCGCCAUCACCCGAUGCAGUCGGAACGAACCAAGUCUCUGUGUUUCUUGAUCUCAAUCAAAUAUAUGGUGAAAGUCUGGAACUAUCAAUGAUAUUACGCGAUUCUGGAAGUGGACGCGGAAAAUUGAAGACGAGUAGCGGGUCGAAUUUUCCUGCUUUCGAUAAUAGUACAUCAACAUUCAUUACUGGAGCACCUAUAACGUCACAGAACAUUUUUACGUUAGCAGUUGCUUCCAUUUGGAUCGGCGAGCAUAAUGCCAAGUGUGAUAAGUUGUACUCGGAACACGGAGCAGCGUGGGAUGAUGAGACGUAUUUCCAAGAGGCGAGACGAUGGACGAUUGGGCUAUACCAAAAGGUAGUAACUGAAGAAUAUCUCGGAGCCAUACUUGGUCAACCAUUGCCACCCUACCAAGCUUAUAAUGACCAACUUAUGCCAGCAAUCGACGCGUUUUUCCUAACUGUGACCCUGAGAUAUGGUCAUUCGGAAAUCAGCAAUUUAUACAAUAUGCAAAAUCUGAACGGAGAAGUGAUAGCUACCGUCCCACUGUCUCGAAUCCAAGAUCACACGCUUCUCCCUAAAUUUGGUCUUGCUGAAACACUUCGCUCAAUGGCUACGCAGUCUCAACAACAAGUCAGCGUAUUCGUUCCUGACGAAGCAAGAGGGUAUCAAAAUCCAUUCGGCGACUAUGCUGACGUUGCUGCGUGGGAUUUGAAUAGGGCACGAGAUUUUGGUAUCCCAUUAUAUAAUGACAUGAGAGCGGCGUUUGGAUUGCCUAGACAGACUGAUUGGUCUGGGAUUACUUCCAAUGAUGCUAUAGCGACACGACUCCAGAAUACUUACGGGAGUGUAGACAAGUUGGAAGCGUAUGUUGGUGCAUUUAGUGAAGAUCCCCAGGAUGGAUCCAAUUUUGGCCAAUUGUUGACUAAUAGUAUACUCGAUCAGUAUUCCCGCCUGCGCGACUCUGACCGGUUUUGGUACGAAAAUACUUUUACCGAUGAUGAAAGGGCACAAGUUCGUAACACAACAUUCCGUGAUUUGAUUAUGCUCCAUGCAUCAGCUGACGGUGUCCCCCAAAACAUCUGGAGUCUCCAAACUACCAGCCUGUCAAACGUAACCGACACUGACAAGGCCCGAUAUCCCUCGGAACUCCAAGUGUUGUCGCCGCCAUAUUCAAUAAGAUGGAACAUCCAAAAUGAAGAUAUAAAUUUUAUGGUUGACUUUGGUGCGCUUAAUGGAUGGUUUGGUAUGGGCUUUGGUUCUGAAGAUGGCGGAAUGAUAGGUGCCGAUUUCAUUAUCACAACUGUAAAAAAUGGUAAUGCAACAGUUGAAAAUUAUAAAUCGGUGGGAUAUAAUCGACCAGUGCUUGACAGUAAUCAGGAUGUGAAAUUUGUUAAGGCUACUGAAACAGCGUCUUCAGUCAAAGUUGAGUUUGCAAGAUCACUUGCAGCUAGCUCGCCUAAUAGAAAAGAAAUUAUAAGGGGCAGCAUGCCAUUCAUUAUAGCAUAUGGCACAGAUUCGGAUAAUAUCGGUUAUCAUAUGAACAACCGCCGUUCAGUGACCGUUAAUUUCUUCACGGCUCAAUCUGAUGUUUCAAUCGAUUCUAAGCAACGGCAGAUAAGAUUGGCUCAUGGAAUCGGAAUGAUAAUUGCUUGGAGUUUUAUUUUCCCCAUAUCUAUUUUCCUAGUACGUUUCUAUAAACAUACCUUUGGCUAUCUUCAGUUGCAUAGGAAUCUGCAGAUAUUGGGCGGGUUUUUGGUCGCAAUAUUCGGAACUGCCGCCAUUGCCUCGCUUAUAACCUUUAAAAGAAGACAUAAUGUUAUUGGAUUGAUACUAUACAGCUUUACGUUCUUUGAGUUAAUCCUGGGAUUAAUUACGCUUUGGGGUCAGAGACGCUUCGAGUCUGUGAAUGAGGGUAUUCCGAGAUUUUUAAAGAGAGCGCAUCGUUAUGUUGGCGCGUCAAUGAUGGUAUUGGCGGUGUAUAACCAAUACUUGGGAAUUCAACUCUAUGCAGAACUAUAUUCAAUUAAUUUCGAGCCCUAUGGGAUUGCAUACGCAGUUUAUACAUCGUUCGUAAUUCUACUGUUUUUAUUAGCUCAAUUAUGGAAAACGACAAAUGGCGGAUUUAUAUCCAAGUUCCAACGCAAGAAACCUGUAAGUGAAGGAAAGGAGACGUUACAAGUCCACGUUGCAAAUGAGAAACUUGUCGGUCUACCCGAGUGGUCAUGGGAUGAAGUAAACGAACGAGUUCAACGAGGGGCUUUUCUCGUUGUUUGUGAUGGCUUUGUAGCUGACAUAAGAAAAUGGUUUAACGAGCAUCCUGGAGGAACUAAAAUAUUAGAAAGGGUCAUAGGAACUGAUAUCACUAACGAUUUUUACAAUACUCACAAGCUUACUCAACAAGAAGACGAGGACGAUGGACUACAAGACGUCCAAAUUUAUUGUCAUGAACAACCAGCCCCAUUAGUUAGCCCUAUUUUGGGAAAAUAUUCUCAACUCUGGCAACACCACAAUAUUCAUUCCAGCUUCCGUCAACGCAAGCUCUCAAAAGUGAUCGAUUCGACCAACAUGAACUUGUUCCAUAAAUUACGAGCACCGAUUGCAAAACAUACUCAUUCUGCCUUUGCCACGGUUCAGUUCUCCAAAAUGAUAGUUGCUAAAAUUGCCGACGACCAUUAUUCAGUGGCUUCAGAUGAGGACUCUACUCGAUUCGAGUCGUACUUUCGCCCUCAGAGUCAUCCAUAUUUCGAACAAGACUUGGCUAAGAAUCCCGGAAGAAGAGUGUUUAGGCGGUAUCAACUGUCAGACAAGACGUGGGUUAAUGCUAGUGAGCAGUAUCCAGUAAUUAAAUUUACUUUUACCAAGAUACAUCAGUCACAAAGAUUUGUAGGGGAUAGAUUUUUGCCUGGAGAUUAUGUAGAAUUGCAAGCACGCGUAAAGGAACAAGUAGUUGUGCGAUCAUAUACACCAUUGGAGGGAAGAAUGUCGACAUCGUUUUCCAUUUACGUUAAAGUGUAUCCUACCGGUUUAAUGUCUAGGCAUUUGAGGAAACAACGUAUUGGUUACGAGGUCAAAGUUAGAGGACCAUUCGAUGUGGCUGACCGCGUGGGAUACUCGCAUCUGUCACAAAACGAAUUAUCCACUAUAAUGGGAAGACGUCCUCGGACCCGCGCUUCUACAAUAACGUCAGAAAUAUCGGACGUAUCUAGUCAUAUGUUAUUGAAUUCAGAAAGUGCAGAUGGAUGUUGGGAUGAACUAUUCAUGAUAGCGGGCGGAACAGGCAUAACGCCGAUGUUAAUCAAAUACCAUCUAAAAACGGUGGCAGCAAAUGCAGGCCGUGCAAUUUCAAUGCAUCUUCUUUACGCCAAUAAUUAUGUAGAAGACAUCAUUGAUGGCCUCGAACUCGAGGGAUACGCUGCUAGAAGCAAUGGGAUGUUAACGACUACCUACAUUCUUAACUAUCCGCCUGCAGAAGGAUGGGAUGGUCUCCGUGGACGUAUUACUCUUCAUAUAUUACAGUCCUGGCUUAACCAUCAUGAGACGAUAAACAGACAACGAUGGCGACAGUCAUCACAGGGACCGAUUACAGUGUGGGAUAGGACCUGUGGUCAUACGGACAAUGGUUAUGUUGCAAGUGACGUUUAUGGUCACGCUGAAUGUGAACCUACUCCCGAGAAUGUUGAUGGCGAACAUGAAGUAAUCGACAACAGUGAGCAUGAAGUGAUUGACAACAGUGGGCAUGAAGUGGUUGAUAACAGUGCGCAUGAACUGGUUGAUCAUAGCAAUAGAAAUAGUAAAGUUGGUAGUGUUACCGAUUCAAAUACGUUAACGUUCAACGAAGGCAUCGAAGUCAACAAUACAAUGACCGAUACCCAAACAACACUACCAAUCAACCAAAAUUCACAGCCUACUCGUAUCCAAUCAAGGGCACCAAGACCUCUUAGUUUUGUUCCGAUCACACCGCAUAAUGACGUACUUGGAACACCAUUAUCAUCAUCAUAUAGCCCCACCAUGCUGAAUAGAAACGUUCAAGCAGGGAGUAGUCCCUCUUGGACACCGAUCGCUGCUACACCUAGUGUGGCGUCACCAUGGAUGAGUGCUUUUCAGAUAUCAAAAUCGAAGAUUGUAGUGUGUGGGCCAGAUGGGAUGAUGAAUACUGUAUUUAACAUACUGAAGGAUCUGGGAUAUGCGGAAGACGAGAUCAUUCUUUUAUAUUGA